AUGAAUAAAUCUUCAGGGAUUCCCUGGGAGCCAGAACCUGCAAUGAUACCUAUUGUUGUUGAGCCUGAUGAAUCGCCUCGCUUAGGCAAAGAAGAGGCCCUGAUACGAAAACCAGUGGGCUCUCGUGGUGGAGCCCCAGGAGGGAGCAAUGAUGACAUGAUGGAUGAUCUUGACGAGAUGAUCUUCG